AUGUCUAAACCAUUACCUUUUAUCGGUAUUGAUCUUGGUACAACUUAUUCAUGUGUUGCCAUUUUCCAAAAUGGAAAAGUGGAUAUUAUUGCCAACGAUCAAGGCAAUCGGACUACACCGUCCUAUGUAGCUUUUAAUGAUAAUGAAAGGCUAAUUGGCGAAGCUGCAAAGAAUCAGGCGGGGAUAAAUCCUACUAAUACCGUCUUCGAUGCUAAGCGUAUUAUAGGAAUGAGUUAUGAUGACCCUAUUGUAAAAACAGAAAGGAAAACCUGGCCAUUUGAGGUUACUAAUAGCGAUGGUAAGCCGAAAAUAAAUGUAAAAUAUAAGAAUGAACUAAAAUCAUAUUAUCCUGAAGAAAUAUCUUCAAUGGUUUUAUUAAAGAUGAGAGAAACUGCUGAGGCAUAUUUGGGUACCACAGUGAAAGAUGCAGUCAUUACAGUUCCAGCUUAUUUUAACGAUUCUCAGCGACAAGCGACUAAAGAUGCAGGAACUAUUGCAGGAUUUAAUGUACAUCGAAUCAUUAAUGAACCUACGGCCGCAGCCCUUGCUUAUGGAAUUAACAAUAAAAAUGAAGAAAAUAAAGAAAAUGAAGAAAAAAAUAUAUUAAUUUACGAUUUUGGUGGUGGUACAUUUGAUGUAUCGAUCUUAACUAUAGAUGAUGGAGUAUUUGAAGUCAAGGCUACUGCGGGAGAUACUCACCUGGGAGGUGAAGAUAUUGAUGAUGUUAUGGUAGAUUACUUUGUGAAACAUAUCAAGGAGAAAUAUAGAAUAAAUAUAGCGGAUAGUAAACGGGCAAUGCGACGCCUAAAAACUGCAUGUGAACAAGCCAAGAGGACAUUAUCGUCAUCUACUCAAGCUGAAAUUACACUGGAAUCUCUAUACGAUGGCACUGAUGUUAAUUUGUCUAUAUCUCGUGCUAAAUUCAAUGUACUUUGUGAUAAAUUAUUUCAAAGUACAUUAACUUUCGUAGAAAGGGCUUUGAGAGACGCCAAGAUGGACAAAAGUUCUAUAAAUGAGGUUGUGUUAGUUGGAGGAUCUACCCGCAUACCAAAAGUACAAGAACUUUUGAGUAAUCAUUUUCAAAAAAAAUUAAACAAAUCUAUUAAUCCGGAUGAGGCUGUAGCAUAUGGAGCCGCUGUGCAAGCAGCCAUUUUAUCUGGAAAUUCAUGUCAAUCUCUAAAAGAUGUUCUUCUUAUCGAUGUGGCUCCAUUAUCAUUAGGCAUAGAGACAAAGGGUGGUAUAAUGACUGUGUUGAUUGAUAGAAACACAGGCAUACCAAUAAAGAAGACUAAUACCUUUACAACUAAUGAGGACAAUCAAAAAGAGGUAAAUAUUAAAGUUUAUGAAGGAGAACGUCACUAUACUAAAGAUAAUAAUUUAUUGGGUACAUUUAUUUUGAGCGGCAUACCCGAGGGUAAACAAGGUGAGCCUCAGAUCGAAGUAACCUUUGAUAUUGACGCUAAUGGAAUUUUGAAUGUAAAAGCAGUUGAAAAAAAUAGUGGUAUUGAACAGAGUAUUACUAUCAAAAAUGAUAGCCGUUCAUCUAAAGAACAAAUUGAGAAAAUGGUUCAGGAAGCUGAAAAGCAUAAGGAGGAGGAUAUGAAAAUGAAAGAAGCUAGUGAAGCAAAAAAUAAUCUAUAUCAAACCUGUUAUACAAUGAAGGAUUUAACAAAAUCUACAACGGCUAAUAGUAAGGGGUAUGAAAACCAGAUAGAUGAGGUAAUCUCAUGGAUUGAUGAAAAUCCUAAAAAAACAAAGGAAGAAUACUUAAAAAAAAAUCAAGAAUUGAACGAAUUACAGGAGAAAAUAUUAAAUGAUUUAUCUUGUAAUAAAUCAAAUAAGGACACUGAAGAUACACUAAAAGCAGAGCCCGAACAUGAACCAAAAAUUGAAGAAGUUGAUUAA